AUGACGAAGGCGGAAGACACUCGGCCUCACCUCUCCGGGGCCUUCACUUCCCUCGGUCACGCGCCUUUUGUGCAGCCAUCCUCGUACCUUCGCCCUCCAAUGGCCUCCCAACCCGAGAGACCAAUCGAUGUGGAAGAGCGGCAGGGCCUGCGUGCCAUUCGCAACUUCCUCAAGGUCCGCACUAGUUACGACGUUCUCCCCCUGAGUUUUCGCCUGAUCAUCUUCGAUACCGGGCUGUCCGUCAAGGAGAGCUUGAACAUUCUCAUUCAAAAUGGCAUCGUUUCAGCCCCGUUGUGGGACUCUAAAGCAUCCAAGUUUGCCGGUCUUCUGACCACUUCCGACUACAUCAACGUCAUUCAAUACUAUUUCCAGAACCCGGCCGCCCUCGAUCAAAUCGACCAGUUCCGACUGGAUAGUUUGCGCGAGGUGGAAAAAGCAUUGGGCGUCGCACCACCCGAAACCAUCUCCAUUGACCCCGAACGUCCUCUUUACGAAGCCUGUCGGCGCAUGCUCGAGUCUCGUGCCCGCCGUAUCCCUCUCGUUACGAAUGACAGCCAGACCGAUCGGCCCCACGUCCUCAGCGUCAUCACUCAGUACCGCAUCCUCAAAUUCGUCGCCGUCAAUGUAAGCGAUACACAGAUGCUGCGCCGUCCGCUGGGAGAGCUGUUACUGGGCACAUACAAGAAUAUCGCCACGGCUUCCAUGGAUACGCCUGUUAUCGACGUGAUUCAUAUUCUGGUCGAGCGCAGUAUUUCUAGUGUGCCAAUCUUGAAUUCUGAGGGUGUCGUGUAUAACGUCUUUGAAGCUGUCGAUGUCAUCGCUUUGAUUCGAGGUGGUGUCUAUGACGAUCUGGGUCUUACUGUAGGAGAGGUGCUGAAGAAGCGUUCACCAGAAUUCCCCGGCAUCUACACUUGCUCGCUCAACGAUGGACUGGAUACCAUCUUCGACACCAUCCGCAAAUCUCGGGUUCACCGUUUAGUGGUUGUCGAUGAGCACUUCAAGCUCAAGGGCGUGCUUACCUUGAGUGACAUCCUCCACUACAUUCUCCUUGAGGGAGAAAAUGACGAAGUAUGA